CAUUCGAGAAAGAACCAAACGCCCCCAUGAUUUAAUUUCCAUUUGUCUACUUGGGCCAGGCCCAAAUUUGUAGCACUGUUUCGAAUAUAGGCUAUGCAAGUGUGAAAUACAGAGUAACUGAUUUCUUCUUCAACCUAAUUUCAGUUUUCUGGCGGAAAACUUUCAUACAAUCAGCAAGUUUGCUUAGGAAACGUGAAUAUUAGAUUGAAAUCUCGUUUCCCAUUCGUUUCCGGGAUGAAUUCAGUUUCAAACACGUCUCUAUUUUUCUGAAACGGUUUCGGCGCGUUCCGAAACGCGUUUCCCGGUUUCCCCGUUCCAGGACGUUUCGGAAACGGUACGUCGUGAUUUUUUGGCGUUUCCGUAGCUUCGUAGAUUCUCUCACAUUGCAUCUCUUCAACGGUUCAAACCUCUGAUGAAUUCAACUCCCAAUAAAAGCACAAUUCAGUAAGCAAAAAUCCGGGAAAGAGACGCUGUGAAUUUGAAAAUACUGAUACAGAAUGGCUCGUAAUCCUCAAGGCCAUGUUUCCUUGCUCUUGUGGCUUGUUCUUUCCUUGCACAUCUCAUAUCUUAUGACUGCAGUCGAUGCCAAAUCCGGUCGUCCUAUUACCGAUGCUGAAAUACGAAUGAAGAAAGAUGAGUGUUAUACUGACAUCGAGAGUGGCCUCUGGGGUUUUGAUUGCAAAGUUUCGAUCACUGCCAAAGAGAAUUGUGCAUUGCGAUGUCUUUCACCACGGUGUUACGAGCUUGUUUAUGAGAGUGAUCCGGUGAGGUUGGAAGAAGGAGAGAAGGAUGUGAUCAGGAAUCAAGAAUACAAGUACUGUAUGUACAGACAUUUACUGCAGUACCCUUGAAUUUGAAGAUCUAAGUUCGAUGCUUUUAGUGGGCCGCUCCCUGCUAAUGGGUAUCAACUGGAGAAAGCCUUGACGGUAUUGUGGGUUCUUUGGGGUAAUCUUCCUGCAACUAUGAACUUUUAUGGCGUGUUGUUGUUUCCCGGAGUCAAGUGAAACCUGGGAAAGGAACUCUGCACGCUUCAGAAGUCUCUUUGCUGGAGCAGAUUUUAUAUCAGUUGAUGUGUAUUUUCUGUGACACAGAUGCUUUAAUUGAUUUAGCUGUAUAACUUUUUCUGCUCACAUGAGUUUUCAAAUUUCACUAUCUUGGGGAUGUUAGAAUUGUAAAUGGGUUGUUCACUUUAGCAGACGCCCUGAAACAAUACUGUGAUCGGAUCUUGUUGUAACUUUCUUGCAGGUUAUGAAAGUUGUGUAAUUUUCACAUCCCGUAAA